UAGCGAUUCACCCAGCCCCAUCUGACUAUUUGUCUAUCUCUCAUUCUCUCCCGUGUCUCAGCCUCCCAGCCUCACGAGUCACGCCGUCGUCCACUCACCGUCCGGCCAUCCCAGACUCCCUCAUCGUCAGUCCGUCACCAUCCCAGACUCCCAGUCUGUCUCUGCCGGCUGCGGCUCUGCCUCUCCGCCGUCUCUACCUCUCUGGUCGUCCCCAUCUCUGCCUCUCUUGUCGGCUGCGACUCAUCCCAGUCUGCUGUCACCGGCUGCUGCUCUGCGACUCUGCCAGAUAUCCAGUAAAAUCGUAAAACAUGAAGAUUGUUCGCAGAGACCUCAUCCCCAAAGGCCCCGGCAGCGUCAAGAUGGUUGCUGAAGAAGCAGAUGAUUUGUGGAUUGCCUAUAAUUUGAUAGGCGAGGGUGACACUGUUUUAGCUUCUACUUUUAGGAAAGUUUUAAGGGAAGAUGCCUCGGGAGGAAGAGAAGCAGAACGACUAAAAUUAAAAUUACAGAUAAAAGUUGAGGCUGUGGAGUAUGAUAAAGAAGAUUCUACCUUGCGUAUACGUGGGAAGAACAUCCUGGAGAAUGAACAUGUAAAGAUUGGUGCAUUUCACACACUAGAAAUUGAGCUUCACAGACCUUUCGUUUUGGGGAAGGACGUUUGGGACUCACUUGCUUUGGAGGCUCUUCGUCAAGCUGCUGAUCCUGCUGCAAGUGCUGACCUGGCUGUGGUUUUGAUGCAAGAGGGCUCGGCACAAAUUUUUCUAAUUGGUAAAAGUGUAACAAUUUCUCGUUCUCGGAUAGAGACUUCUAUUCCUCGGAAGCAUGGCCCUGCUAUAGCUGGUUAUGAUAAAGCUCUGACCAAGUUCUUCAAUAAUGUUGUAGAUGCUUUCCUUAAGCAUAUUGAUUUCAACGUGAUUCGUUGUGCUGUGAUUGCAAGUCCAGGAUUCACAAAGGAUCAAUUUCAUCGUCACUUGCUGUUAGAAGCAGAGAGGAAGCAACUGAGACCUAUAAUAGAGAACAAAUCACGGAUAAUUCUUGCACAUACUACCUCGGGAUAUAAGCAUAGUCUGAAAGAAGUUCUAGAUGCCCCCAACGUAAUGAAUAUGAUUAAAGAUACAAAAGCUGCAAAAGAGGUACAAGCCCUCAAGGAUUUCUUCAACAUGCUUUCAAAUGACCCUGAUCGUGCAUGCUAUGGACCAAAACAUGUGGAAGUUGCUCAUGAGCGAAUGGCUAUCCAAACACUUCUCAUCACAGAUGAAGUCUUCAGGAACUCUGAUGUAGCAACGAGACAAAAAUAUGCCUAUUUGGUGAAUGCGGUGAAGAGUUCGGGGGGAACGACACACAUCUUCUCCUCUAUGCAUGUCUCUGGAGAACAACUGACGAUGAUGAGUGGUAUUGCUGCAAUCCUUCGGUUUCCAUUGCCCGACCUAGAUGACAUAGAAAUGUGAUGGAAUGGAGGAAGGAGUGCUUAAUCACAUUAUUCUGUCUCCAUUACAUUGAUGUGAGAUUCCUCAAAGAGAGCUUAGUAGGUGAUGGUUGAAUACAUAUACUUCCCAUUCGCCUUAUAUUACAAAAUGGAUUACUUGUAUUGUACUCUAUGUAUAUAGUCUUCACAAGAACAGAGCUAUCUUCUUCAAUUCAUAAGCAAAUGGGAUUUGGGUAUUUGAUAUACCGCGUCAUUUGGCAUCUCAGAUCACUCAAAUGGAAUAAUAUUUCUGUCACAUUUUUUAAAAGUUUAGUGUAGGUGAAGACACCAUCACAUUUUGUAGAUGUGCUUUUAGUUUGAAUAAAAGUAUUUUUUGUACAAGUAGAUGUGAU